AUGCUCCACGCGGAACACGAAUGUGAAAUAGUUGAAGAAGAAGAUGAUAUACUGUUUCUUCCUGGUAGAGGCAUAUUUGAAAGAUUGAGAGACAUUUUACGUCUCUCAUUGUUACCCUCGCGUAAGAAUCCAGCCGCUUUUUAUUAUUUGCGAAGCAGUGCUGCCAUAAUCCAAGAGAAACGUCGUCAAUGGCGAAAUUUCCCGAAUGUCAUUCAUCCAUUCAGCUUAUUCAGCUACUUCGACAAAAACGUGCAUUCGACGGAGUUGGAUCCAAGGAAAAUAGUUGAUAAUUAUCUAAAGCAUGGCACAUUUAUCGUGGAUUUCAUCGGUUCCUUCCCAACCGAUAUCUUCUAUAUAAACAUGUUCGAGCUAACAAUAGCUCGGAAGUGGACAUCCCUAUUAUGCAUCUUUCGUGUUUUCUCUCUCGCUAAUUACAUCGAGAAGAUAAUAACCCUCUACGAUAUACCUCUCGUCUUCAAACUGUUGUUCGUGUUAAUCUUCUGGCUGCUGCUGUUCUUCCACUGGCAAACCUGUUUGCAGUGGUUGAUACCCAUAAUAACCAAGUCGCUUUACGAGCCGAAACGUCCCAGUAACACAUCGUGGAUCGAGGUGGCGAACUUGUGGGACGUUCCAAGGAGAGAGCAGUAUCUGGGCAGUUUAAUGCGUGCCAUAACCACGUUCAUGAGAAUCGGCCUCGUUUACACAUCCCUGGACAACAUGGGCGAAGUUUAUAUGAUCAUAUUGGUCCGAAUAUUGGGCAUGAUCUUGCCCUGGUUCAUAGUCGCGUCCGUGUUGAACUUUCUCAAGGGUGAGCACAGCUCCCGUUUGAAGUAUCAGGGUACCGUGGCCCAGCUGAAACAUUUCAUGAGGCACAAACAACUGCCCUAUCCCAGCCAGAAACGGAUCAUCCAGUAUUACGAGUUCCGUUUCCAAUAUCGAUUCUUCCGCGAGUCCGAAAUAAUUAACUCGAUAUCGACCCAGAUGCGCCACGAGAUAAGGAUGCACACGUGCCGGAAACUGGUCGAGAACGUGACGUUCUUCAACAAUUUGCCGUUGACGUUGCUCGGCCAAAUCGUUGCGUUGUUGAAGUUCGAGAUAUUCUUGACCAACGACGUGAUCGUGCGGGUCAAUCAGCCCGGUGAUUGUAUGUACUUUAUAGCCUCGGGCACGGUGGGUAUUUACACGGACUCGGGGAAGGAGGUGUGCCAUUUGGACGACGGGGCUCACUUCGGCGAGGUCGCCCUCGUCAUGCCCAACGAGUUGAGGGUGGCGAGCGUGGUCGCUGUCGAGAUAUGCGAGUUGUACCGGUUGAAUCGUGCCGACUUCAUGAGAACGAUACACCCCUACCCUAUGCUGUGGGAGAGGAUCAAGAAGAUCGCGAUCGAGAGGCACGAGAAGACCAUGAUACUCACUACAUAG